AACGUUCAGCUUUCUCAACCUAGCUUAGUUGCGGCGAUUGGGCAAGAAGGGAGAAACGUCAGUUAGAAGAAGCGAGACAGGGACAACCACCCCCGGCAGUUGUUGCCAACCGCCCUGGCUGCCUUGCGGAUUGGAUCCGACGGCCGUACAGAGCCCGCCUCCCCUAGCCGACCAUUGGCUGUCAGAGCGGCGGCCGGUGAAGAGGGUCCUAAAUAUUGCCAGGGCGGGGGAGAAAGCGAGGCUGUUCAACGGCAGCAGGAUAGAAGAAAGAAAGUCUUUGGUUUCAGAUGGACAUUUUCCUGUGAGAUUGGCAGUUGGUUGAUUUCCAUAUUUAGUUAUGCUUUAGGAAGGUGAUCUGGGCAUUUUUUCAGGCAGGGCUUUAGAGAUUCCAAUUCAAGGUUUUGAGCUGUGCGAGGAAUUUAGAACAGUAAUGGCUGCUGAAUCUCCCCGCCGUCCAAGCCGAUGUACCGGAGGUGUGAUAGUCCGACCGCAGGCUGUUACGGAGCAGUCCUACAUGGAAAGUGUUGUCACAUUUCUGCAAGAUGUCGUACCGCAGGCUUAUAGCAGUACAACUCCAACAGAAGAAAAAGAGAAAAUUGUAUGGAUCAGAUUUGAAAAUUCUGACUUGAAUGACACGUUAAGGAAUGUGGAGCUGCAUGAGAUGCACAGCACUGGGAACGAACCUCCUCUUUUGCUCAUGAUUGGCUACAGCGAUGGGAUACAGAUAUGGAGCAUACCUAUUAGUGGUGAAGCGCAAGAACUUUACUCUGUCCGACAUGGUCCUGUCCGAGCAGCCCGGGUUCUGCCAUCCCCACAGAUCCAUCGCGAGAAGAGUGAUAACUUUGCUGAGAAGAGACCUCUCCUUGCUGUGUGCAAAAGCAUCGGAUCUUCUGGGACCAGCCCUCCUUAUUGCUGUGUUGAUCUCCAUUCUUUGAGAACAGGGGAAGUAGUCAAAUCCGUGCAGUUCAAAACACCUAUUUAUGAUCUGCACUGCAACAGAAGGAUUCUCGUUGUUGUCUUGCAAGAGAAGAUUGCUGCCUUCGACAGCUGCACUUUUACUAAAAAAUUCUUUGUCACAAGUUGCUAUCCUUGUCCAGGGCCAAAUAUGAACCCCAUAGCUCUAGGAAGUCGGUGGCUGGCCUAUGCGGAAAACAAGCUGAUUCGUUGCCAUCAGUCCCGGGGCGGAGCUUGUGGCGAUAACAUUCAGUCCUACACAGCCACAGUCAUCAGCGCAGCCAAAACCAUCAAAACUGGGCUCACCAUGGUUGGAAAAGUGGUAACGCAGCUGACGGGCACAUCGCCAUCUGGAGUGGCAGAAGAAGAAAUCUUGGCACACACCAAUAGCCGACGCAGCCCUUUGGUUCCUGGAAUUGUCACGGUUAUUGAUACUGAGAUGGUCGGAGAAGGACAGGUGCUGGUGAGCGAGGACUCCGAUAGUGACGGCAUCGUAGCUCACUUCCCAGCCCACGAGAAGCCCAUUUGCUGCAUGGCUUUCAACCCCAGCGGCAUGCUCCUGGUCACAGCAGACACCCUGGGCCACGAUUUCCACAUCUUCCAAAUCCUCACCCACCCCUGGUCGUCUUCUCAAAGCGCCGUCCAUCAUUUGUACACGUUACACCGCGGGGAGACCGAAGCCAAAGUGCAAGACAUCGCCUUCAGCCACGACUGCCGGUGGGUGGCGGUCAGCACCCUCCGAGGCACCUCCCACGUCUUCCCCAUCAACCCUUACGGCGGGCAGCCCUGCGUACGGACUCACCUCUCACCCCGGGUCGUAAACCGUAUGAGCCGCUUCCAGAAGAGCGCGGGGCUGGAGGAGAUCGAACAAGAGCUGACCACCAAACAAGGAGGGCGCUGCAGUCCGGUGCCGGGCCUUUCCAGCAGCCCAUCUGGUUCCCCUCUCCAUGGUAAAUUGAACAGUCAGGAUUCUUAUAACAAUUUUACCAACAAUAAUCCGGGAAACCCUCGCCUCUCCCCUCUUCCAAGUCUGACUGUGAUGGUACCUCUGGCCCAGAUCAAGCAACCCAUGACCCUCGGCACCAUCACCAAACGGACAGGCAAAAGCAAACCGGCUCCACAAAUUUCACCCAGCAAAUCUGUCGGAGGAGAAUUCUGCGUCGCUGCGGCCUUCGGCUCAUCCCGCUCGUGGUUUGCAAGCAAUCCCGCUCUUAAACGAGACAAAGAUCAAUCCAAGCAGUUCGUUGUCGAGUCCUUGUACAUCAUCAGCUGCUAUGGGACUUUGGUGGAGCACGUCCUGGAACCCCGACCUCUCAGCACCACCUCUAAGAUCAGCGAUGACACCCCACUGGAAAUGAUGACCUGCCCACGGGCUAGCUGGACCCUCGUCAGAACUCCCCAGUGGAAUGAACUGCAGCCGCCUUUUAACUUGAAUCACCCUCUGCUCCUAGCCGCAGAUUCCGUGCAGUGCUACCAGUAUCUCCUCCUUGGCUUAGUUCCGCUGGGAAGCCCAGGACCGAUCACCCGCCAUGAAUCCUACGACAGCUUAGCUUCCGAUCACAGCGGACAAGAAGACGAGGAGUGGCUCUCUCAGGUGGAAAUUGUGACUCACACCGGACCUCACCGCCGCCUCUGGAUGGGCCCGCAGUUCCAGUUCAAGACUAUUCACCCUUCGGGCCAGACCAUUGUGAUUUCUUCCAGUUCUUCUGUGCUUCAGUCCCACGGGCCCAGCGACACCCCACAGCCUCUCCUGGAUUUCGACACCGAUGAUUUGGAUUUGGACAGUCUCAGAAUCCAGCCUGUCCGUUCUGAGCCUGUUAGCAUGCCCGGGUCAUCGCGCCCAACUUCUGAUCUACAAGGAGGGUCUUCAGGAACUGAUGCUACCUCAGGGACCUUUGACCGGAGCAUGACUCUUCUGGAAGUUUGCGGAAGCUGGCCUGAGAGCUUUGGCCUGCGUCACCUCUCUUCCCUGGAGCAGACGGACGAGGGUCUUCGGGAAAGACUGGCUGAUGCCAUGUCCGAGUCGCCCAGCCGGGAUGUAGCGGCAUCUGGAACAGAGCUCCAGCGAGAAGGAAGCAUCGAAACCUUGAGUAACAGCUCGGAGUCUACUAACGAGAGCAUCCCACGAACCUUUGAUGGUUUCCGGUCCCCUCUGCCCACCGAAAGUCAGCCUUUGAGUCUCUUUCCGACGGGUUUCCCAUAAACCACGUUCCCGGUGGGAGAGGACAACUCCAACUCAGACUGGCCAACCAACCAACCAACCUUCUCCAGAAGUUCUUGAUGUCCAUCCAACUCCCAAAAACCCACGGAUGCCGCAUCUGCUUUUCGCCGUUCCGAGACAUCGAUGAACAAAACGCUGCGUUUGCUCAGUUGUGCAAUAGGAAACGGGGGGGAGAUUCCUCGCUCAACGUUUCUCCUCCCGACCUUUAAAAUCAGAAGCGGCGGGUUUUUGUUUUUUUCAAGAAGCGUUUUUAAAGCGCCUUCUCCAAAGCGGUUGUCCCUUCGGUCUCCCCGCCGCUCCAUUGCCUCCGCGUCAAACUGAGAUUCGGAGUCUGAAACCCACUUCAUCGCUUAACUGUUCCUGUCAGGCUUAAAAUCGAGGUCUUUCUCUGGUGUGUUUGGAAAACGGGUCCCUGACUUCAGAGUUGUUGGCAUCGUUGCAUCAACGGUUGGACUAAGCGCCAUCGAGGGCUCCUUGGUGCUCUCUGAGCUUGGUUGGGUUUCUUUGCAGACGUGUUCUGACCCAGAUCCCCAGAUCCCCAAAUACGACAAACCGUCUGUAGUUGAAGCAAUGAUUCUUUUAUUAGGAGCGCCAGUAGCCCCGGCAGAAAGUUUCUCUCUCACCGCAGGCUAACAAGGCCAUUCAGCCGGAAGAUGAGUAGUUGUCUGCCACAUCUAUUCAUCUCCGUCCCCUGCCUUUUAUCCCCAGAGCUAGGGUGGGGCUUUGUUAGCAGCAAUGGCUCUUCUGUCCCGAGGACCGGCCCAUAGAUUUCCACUGCUCUCCUCUCCUCUGCCUUCUGAGCAUCCGCACGUCAGGCACUGGACCCAGCUGUUCCUCCUCGUACUCAUCAGCCAUCCCCAGACCUGGGGGCUGUUGACUCUCCGAGGACUGACGGAUGGCCCAGGCUCCGCCUAUGUCUCCCUCUCUCUCUCUCUCUCCCUCUCCCUCCCUCUCUCUCUCUCUGCCAGCUCCACUUCCUCUUUUCCCUGUUGCUGACUGAUUCCCACACCUCCUCCACCUCCUCCUCUGAUUUGGCUGCUGGAGGGGCCGGCAGCCGACAGCCCACAACAAGACGUUUCAUUACCAAACCAGGCAAUGUCAUCCGUGCUAUAACCUAAUGAGAGCCAAUCCUACUCCCUUCUAGCAUGGAUGACGUUCCCUGGUUUGGUAAUGAAACAUCUGCAAGAAAACCACCUAACUCAAAGGGCACCAAGGACAACACCACUGCCCAGUUCAACCCUGAGCUACAAAUAUUCUCUUUUUACCGCAAAACAAAACACCAUUGAGAACUAAAUUCAAACAGAACGUGGGUUAAUUUGCAGGCGUGUUAGCUGGGUUCUUUGGAUCAACCUUGGAUUUGACAACUCCGUAAUUUGUUCCCCGUUAUCAAAAGCCAGGUAUAUUACAUGCAAAGGAGUUCUUUACAAUUAUUUUAAUUUUAAUUUUUUUUUCCUCGUUUUUUUUUUUCCUGGGAAGGAUAACCUUUGCGUUCCCCCCCCCACUUUUUUUCUUUUAGAAAUAGACUUGGGUUCCAUAUAAUUCAAAACUGUACAUUUCUUUCAUUCGGGGAUUAUGUUGUUGUUCCUUGGAACGCCAGAUGUCUGCGUAAAAAUGCAUGUGAACUUGAAUAAAUUGCUA